AUGCUCCGACUGAUCCGACCCCGUUUGGCAGCUCUCGCCCGGCCCACCACUCGGGCCCCCCAGGCUCUCAAUGCCCGAACUCACAUUGUCUCUGUACACCGAAACACUGAGAACAACAACCCCAGCAUUCCCUUUGAGUUCUCCCCCGAGAACAUGAAGCGAGCUGAGGAGGUGAUUGCCAAGUACCCCCCUCAGUACAAGAAGGCUGCUGUUAUGCCUCUUCUCGACAUUGGCCAGCGACAGCUCGGUUAUACCUCCAUCUCCGUCAUGAACUACGUGGCCAAGCUGCUGGAAAUGCCCCCCAUGCGAGUCUAUGAGGUGGCCACCUUCUACACAAUGUACAACCGAACCCCUAUGGGCCGGUACCAUCUGCAGAUCUGUACCACCACCCCCUGUCAGCUGUGUGGCUCCGACGGUAUCAUGGAGGCUGUCCAGAACACCCUUAACAUCAAGCCCGGUGAGACCACCAAGGACAACCUCUUCACUCUCUCUGAGGUUGAGUGUCUCGGAGCCUGUGUCAACGCCCCCAUGAUGGCCAUCAACGACGACUACUACGAGGAUCUCACUCCCGAGGGAACCGUCAAGCUUCUGGAGGACUGCAAGGCCGGCAAGAUGCCCACUCCCGGCCCCGAGAACCACGUUCGACGAGACUGCGAGCCCGCCUCCGGCCAGAAGGUGCUGCUCAGCAAGGAGCCUCAUAACGUGGCCGAUUUCCUCCAGGAGGGUAUUUAA